AUGUCUGGCGUUCGAAAUAUUACUGUUCCGUGGGUGCCGCUGGACGAGUUCGACUGGUCGUUCGCCCGCACCGGCCCGUUGCCCUGGAACCUGACAGUCUGGUGUCUUCUCGCCGUCUUCACCUCUCUCCCAAUAUGGAUGACCGUCGAGCUUACUGCCUGGGUCCUUUAUGCUUUCGAGCGGUGGAGCGGGAUCUACUUCUGGUCCGUCCUAGCUACGACGUGGGGCCUGUCGAUCCGCGCCAUAGGCUUCCUGCUCAAGUUCUGCGUGCCCCAGGCGAACUGGAUACUGACAUACGUGCUAUCGGAAGUCGGUUGGGUCGUCAUGGUAACCGGGUUCAGCAUCGUCCUGUGGUCGAGACUGCACCUCGUCAUCCCGCCUAGCACGCGGAUCCUGCGCGCCGUGCUCGCCAUGAUAAUCAUCGACGGCUUCCUGUUCCACGUGCCGACCGUCGUGUUCCAGUACUUCAUAUCGAAUUCGGAGACACACGUGAGGUACCUUCCGUACAUGGACGUGAUGGAGCGUGUCCAAGUCUUGGCCUUCUCGGUGCAAGAAGCCGUCAUCUCAUCCGUCUAUAUCUGGGGGACCCUGCAGAUGCUCAAACUGUCCCUGAACGCCAAGGCCAAGAACACCCUGGCGUUCCUCAUCAUCGUGCAGGUAGCCGUCGUGCUGGCCGACAUCCCUGUCAUCGUGCUCGACUACUGCAAUUACUUCACGCUCAAAGCCGUCAUACACUCCUUCAUCUACGCCUUCAAGCUGCAGAUCGAGUUCGUCGUGCUUAAUGAGUUCAAGCGCCUUGCCAACGGCGGGAUGACGGGUGGUAAUGGGUCUCUCGGGAGAAGAUCCGAUGACCUUGCCCCGUUCAAUGCUAGGCCUCUCGAUGUGCCGAAAGAGGGCAAUAGCAUCGGCGUGUAUAAUAACUCGGGUGUGUCGGUGGUUGUGUCGGCUGGUGGACCGCCGUCGUCGAGGGCGAACCGGUCUGAUUCGACUGGUCAGCGUGCAGAGCAACCUGAUGCUCUCGAGGCCCAAUACCUAGGAAGGUAUGGUGUGGCCAUGUGA